GCUUGGAACCUUCUCCGACCCGGAAAUGGCCGCACGUGCACACGAUGUUGCUGCACUAUCCAUCAAAGGCAAGUCGGCCAUUCUUAACUUCCCAGAACUUUCAGACCUUUUGCCCCGACCCGUUUCCUGCUCUCCAUGUGAUAUCCAGGCUGCGGCCACCAAAGCUGCCUCCAUGGUCCACCUCAACCAUACUACAACCGCCACUCCACGGUGUACACCCUCCACGUCGGCCACCUCCACUUGCUCCGCGACGUCGUCGAUGAUGUUGGAGGAGGUGUCAAUGUGGAAGCCACAGUCGGAAGAGCUGAGCGAGAUAGUUGAGCUUCCGAGUGUUGGAGAGGGUUUUGAUCACUCGGUGGAUUUCGUUUUCGUAGAUUCAGGUUGGGACUACUACUCAUCGCCACCACCAUGGGCGGAGGACGGUGACGGUGACGGUGACGGUGGUUAUCUAGGCGGAGAGCCGUCGUAUGUAACACCGUCCUUUUCCGGAAGUGUUGGCAGCUUUUUCUUCGAUGCCUCGUCAUGGCAAUAUUAA